ACAAGCGCUUCCUGCAGAGAAUGUCUGCUACUUGUUAGAAAUCUGUAUCUUGUCGGCCUUGUGACCAGCACGACACCACCAUGACCAUCUCCAGCCAGCUGGUGGUUCCCAUGACACUAUGGGGCAAGAUUGCCCCCACUCACUGCAUGUCGUCUGUCUUCAUCACAAAGGACCAGAAGAUGAUCGUCACAGGCUGCAAGGACGGUCAAAUAUGUGUCUGGGACAUCGUGGACGGGGCGAAAUCCUUGCAGAUUGUGCCCCGCAGCAUGCUGUUUGGUCACACUGGUCCAGUACUCUGCCUGGCCAGUGCCUCUCCAUCUGGGGAUGGCUCCUUGCUGGUCAGCUCCUCCGAGGCUGGUGAGAUGUCCUUGUGGGACCUGACAGACGGCAGGUGCCUGGAGAACACCAAGCUUCCCUAUGUUCAUACGCACAUGCAGUCCCACUCGCUUUCUGGGAGUGAAAGCUCUCAUCUGUUCUGCAACGGCUACUAUGCGGACGUCGUCGUCCUCGACACAAUGACAUUGACUGUGGCCUUUGAGUUGGUGUCACGUGUUUCCUCGGAUUGGAUCAGUGCCAUGCAUGUUAUUAGAACGCCUAAACGAAAUGAUGACGUUGUCGUAGCCAUCUCCGCUUGCGGCAUGGCCAAGGUCUGGACUCUCUCGCCCGAGGAUUACAAGUCUUCCAGCCCACUGUACGAGGAUGAGUCCAAGACCCUCAAGUGCCUGAACACCCUGUGCCUGGCGUGCUGCGCCUACAACCAGCGCACCAUACUUGUGGUGACGGCCAAGUGCUGGCAUAUCUACGAUGCAUACGACUUUGCGCUGCUUUGUUCGACGGACAACCGGCCAGGUGAGCGAUGGAUGGGAGGGGACUUCAUCUCUGCUGACCGAGUGUGUGUGUGGAGUGACAAAGGUCGAGGUUACCUCUACCAGCUUCCAGCCAAUGCCAUUGCUGACAGCAGAGAGUUUCGAACCGGGCCCAACAGCGAAGACAACGCUUUCCUCUUCUGUGUACUCGCUGUUCCCAAUGAUGAGAGACUUGUGUGCCCUCCUGCUAUGGGAUACUUCUUAGGCUCACGAGGUGGCUUUCACAAAGUGCUCCUGAGAGGAGACUCAAAUGGUCGGGUUGUUCUAUGGAACAUUGUGGAUGUAGCCGCUUCCGAUGUAGCUCGCAUGCGCCAAGAGGUGAACGCUGUUGUCCAAAUGCAGCCUUUCCUGAGUCUUGCUUUGCAAGAGGCUUGGGAUGAAAUGAAGCCUCCACCACCUGGCAUACUGGACAAAAUGGAGCUGCCCGGGGAAAACCAAGAGCUCAAGCUCACUGCCAGCGUCUACCUGCCCCUGCAAGGACGCCUGGUGGUCGGCAGGGAAGACGGCAGCAUCGUUGUCGUGUCGGCCACCCAAGCCGUCAUGCUGCAGCUCCUGUAUGGGAAGCACCACCAUGACGACCGCCCACAAUACCAGCUGCUGCAUGGCCACAAUGGUCGGGUGACGUGCCUGCUGUAUCCAAACCACGUGCACUCACGCUACGAGAUUGCCCACCUGGUGUCGGGGGGCGUGGACUUCUCGGUCUGUCUGUGGGACCUGUACGCUGGGACCCUGCUGCACCGUUUCUGCGUCCACGCGGGCGAAGUCACGCAGCUUCUCGUGCCCCCGAGCAACUGCAGUACACGAGUGCUACAGAGCAUCUGCAGUGUGGCCAGUGACCACUCGGUGGCACUGGUGAGCCUGAAGGAACGCAAGUGCAUCAUGCUGGCCUCUCGGCACCUGUUCCCCGUUGGCGUGGUCAAGUGGCGACCCUUCGACGACUUCAUGGUGGUCGGCUGCUCGGACGGCUCGGUCUACGUCUGGCAGAUGGAGACCGGCCACCUGGACCGGGUGCUGCAGGGUCUGGCAGCAGAGGAGGUUCUGAGUGCGUGCGACGAAUACACUGGCCACCCGGGAGAGCGCAUGACAAACCCUGCGGUGCAUCUUUUCCGGGGUCUGCGCCACCGUAACAUGGCUGCCAUUCGGCACGCAGCCCAGCGCGGACUGCACCACCUACAGCAGCAGCACCACUCGUCGCACCACCCUGCUCCUGGACACCAGCACGGGAUGGGCCACGAUGUGGGCGACAGUGCCCAUGCUCGCUCCCGGGCGCACCCGCUCAUGAUACAGGGGCUCCGGACCAACCCCGUGGAUCAGGACAGCCAUGUGCUCUUCUUCGACAUUGAGGCACUCAUCGGCUUGCUGAACACCACGAAAGAAAAGCAACAACGCAGAGACGCUUCCACUGCUCAAACGACCAGUCUCAAUUCUCGAGACAUGUCAGUGCUGCUGGCUGAGUUUAAAGUACAACUACUGUCUGAAGAAUAUUCGGGGAUGUCGCCAGGCACCCUGGAGUCUCAGGGCCUCAUCAACCAGUCGGAGUACCAGAAGUACCUCACCUUGUCCUCCUCGCCAGAGACGCACAAGAAGCUCUCAGGUUUCAUCGCCAAAGUAAAAGACACUGCAGAGACUGCAGCAUCAAAAAUUCAAGCCAAGGCAGAGAGCGUUGGCAUCAAGACGUCUCAAGCAGAUGCUUCAGGAGGCGGCAAGCCAGGAGAUGCGAAGAAUGGAGUGACUGGGGCGGGUGGUGCCAAGCACAAGCACCUGAGUCUGGCCGAGACCAACCUGACCAUGGAGAUUGCUCAGCUGUUGCUGUCCCUCCUGCAUGCUUGGGGUCUCGACAACGACCUAGACAAGGCGUGCGAAGGCACACUGGGCCUGCUCUGCCCCAUGCGACCCAUCUGCUUUGGCCUGCUGUCACGAGGCAGCCACAUGAGCCUGCUGCUGCCCACCCACACUUACCGCAUGCUGCCCCCGUCCCAUGAGGCAGCACCAAUCAGCAGCAGCAAGGAGCGCAAGGUGGUGACUAUGCCGGUGCCCAAGGAGCAGAUUGAGGAAGAGGAGCGGGCUCGGCGCUUCUCGUCGAGAGGCCACUGGGAGUUGUCAACGGCCGUCACCACCAACCACCUGCUGUCAGUGAUUGCCCUGGCCAACACGCUCAUGUCCAUGAACAGUGCCACGUUUGUGCCUGACCAGGAGAAGCGCCGGAAGCUGCACAGGCGACUGAGCCGUGCAGACAGCCGUGCCUUCAUGAUGUCGCCCGGGGAGUCCGGUGGCGGCGGCGGUGUGGACGGCAGUGCCGCCCUGGCCGCCAUACAGGAGGCGCUGUCGCAGCAGCAGGCUCACGUCAAGCAGGGCUGGAGCUUGCUGGCUGCGAUGCACUGCGUCCUGCUGCCCGACCACGUGCGCACGCCCGAAUUCAAGCGACCGCAGGUCGAAAUGCUUGCGCGCCGGUGGCAGGACCGUUGCCUCGAGGUGCGCGAAGCAGCCCAGGCGCUACUACUCGCGGAGCUUCGGCGGAUUGGCCCCAAGGGUCGCAAGACGGUUGUGGACGAGUGGGCCGUCUACCUGCCGAACUACGGCGAGGCCUUCCUUACCUCGCCCUAUGCCUCGGGCGCCGGAGCUGCUGCACCGGGGCCCCAGGCAGGACAGGCGGCGCAGCAGACACCCAAUGCUGCUGGCCUGAGCAGCGUUGCAAUCGAGGGCAACGUUGCGAGCUACCAGGUGGGAAGCGGUGCUCCCAGCCGAGCCUCCUCGGGAGGGAGCACACCCUCGGGGGCCCAGCCCAAGGUUGACACGCAGUCGAUACGAACCAGUGAGGGGCAGAACUCCUCGGAGGAAGAAGAUGAAGAGGAGAGAGAAGGUGGGGAGGCGACCACCAAGCAUGCCUGGAGUGCCGCUGAGGCCCGCCGUAAGCAGUCGACAGCCAUUGUUCUUCUGGGUGUGAUCGGAGCAGAGUAUGGUCACGAGAUUGAACAGAGCAAGCGGAAGGGCGCCGACGACCAGAAGAAGAAGUCUGUCGUGGACGGAUUUGGGCCCACGAACUACUCCCUCGCAUGGCACACGAGCCAGGCGCUGGCGUACCUGCUGCUGACGCCCGCGUCCCCGGCUCUGCCUGCACACACAUCGCUACGCCGAGCGGCCAUCGACCUGAUUGGCCGGGGCUUCACGGUCUGGCAGGCACACAUGGACGUAUCACGUGUGCUGCUUGGCCUGCUUGAACUAUGCUGCGAUUCGGACAAGCUCGUGCCCAGCAUGUCGUACGGGCUGCCGCUGACACCGGCGGCAGAUUCGUGCCGCACAGCGCGGCACGCGCUGUCCCUCAUUGCGACGGCGCGUCCGCCAACGUUCAUCACGACGCUGGCCCGCGAGGUGCACCGCUACAACACGCUCGCUCAGAAUGCACAGUCGCUCAACAUCUCGCUGCACCAGACGGUGCUGAGCCGUGCACGGCCCGAGAUAUUGCGCAUCGUGGAGCUGCUCAUCGACAAGAUGCAGACGGAGGUGGCCGACCUGCUCGUUGAGGUGAUGGAGAUUGUGCUGCACUGCCUGGAUCACACGCAGUUGAAGAUGCGUGGCCUCAACGAACUGUUUCCUGCCAUUUGCAGAUUCCACAACGUCAGCUACUGUGGGGCAACGAGGCGCAUCGCUGUUGGAGCCAAGAGCGGCAACCUGACUAUCUAUGAACUGAGGGCCUCCAAGUCGCAGAUAAUACCGGCCCACUCAACAACUGUGGUUGCCUGCACGUUCUCCCCUGAUGGCAAAUACCUGGCCACCUAUUCCAGUGGAGAGAACAAGCUCUGCUUCUGGCAGACUGCGGCCGGUCUGUUUGGGCUGGGCAAUGCACAGACGCGCUGCGUGCGCACCUACCCGACGCCCCCACUGCCAGACAGCGUGCGUGCCAACCCACUCAAGAUGGCCCAGCUGGUGUGGAUCACCAACCGCACCGUCACCCUCAUGCUGACAGAUGGCUCUGAGCACCGAUUCACCCUCAGUUAAUCCACCACUUUAUAUCCUCUUCGCCGGAAGAUCACACUCUCUAUGUGCUAACUUCUUAACAGGCUGCUGCUUCAGGGAACCUACAUGACCUUGCAUGCAGGACACACAAAAACAAUAAGGACCCCUGUAUUUUUCUGUUUGAUCCACGAAUACUUCUCAAGUCAUGCCUUUGCAAGAGCACGGUGAAGACCAGACUGAAAAUAACAGAUCGCGAAUGUUUUCUUUCCUCUAUUAUCUGCUCACUCACAGGUUACACCUCGCUGGAGAACAUGUAAUAGGUGUUUUGUAUUGGGAAAUCUAUUUGUGCUCAUCUGUGGCUCAGGCAAGACAUUUGGACCUUUUCCUAUCUAGUCCGAUAGUGUGAAGCAUGCCUGCGUUCUCCCUUGAUCCAUCGCCGAAAGAGGUGAGCAGUGCUUGCUCACGUUGUGCAUCCGAGAUAAUGAGUUCUCGACAAGUGUUGGUUCAUUAACUACACAGGACAUGUCGAGGUUCAUCCAAGGAUGCGAUGUGUAUAGUAUUUGAAUUCUGCACUAUUGCUUGUGUUAUGAUGUUAUACUAAGUAUACAUACACUAAUAAAUGUGUUGAUUCAAUGUG